AUGUCAAAGCUAGUCCAUAUAAUAGAUGUAGAGAGUGGAAACUUGCAAUCCCUUUCCAAUGCCAUCAAACGUAUUGAUCCCGACUACACAAUCAAAUUCAUCCACAAUGAAUCAGAAUUUCUUGCUCUUGAUCAUGAAAUCACCAAAUUAAUAUUUCCAGGGGUAGGCAACUAUGGUCAUUUCGUUCGUCAGAUUUAUGAAAGGAACCUUGAUAAACAUAUUGAAAAGUACAUUAAAGAUGAUCGAGAAUUAAUGGGGAUAUGUGUUGGAUUACAAGCAUUUGCUGAUGGAUCGGAAGAAAGUCCAGGUGAACAAGGGUUGCGAGUAUUGGAUUUACAAUUGAAGAAGUUUAAUGUUGAUGACCCAUCUUAUGUUGAACGUGGAACUAAGAAAGCUGUGCCACAUAUUGGAUGGAAUAGUAUCGAAGAGAUUACUGUUGCUGGUGAUGAUAUCAGUUCUAAUAAGUCAUUGUUCAAUUUGAAUUUGAACAACAAGUAUUAUUUUGUUCAUUCAUAUGCUGCUAUUAUUGAUCAUGAGUCGAGCGAAAAGUUGGACAAGUUGCGUGGCCAAGGUUGGAAUUUUGCCAUUGCAAGAUAUGGAACCGAGGGGUUUUUAGCUGCCAUUAAUAAAGGGAAUUUAUUUGCUACACAAUUCCACCCUGAAAAAUCAGGAAUUGCUGGGUUAAAGAUUAUAAAGUCUUUUCUUGAGGGGGAAAAGUUUCCAGAGGUUCACAAAUCCGAUAUUCAACAACAACCAAAAGAUGUUGAGGAGACUAUUAGCGGAUUGACUAGGAGAAUCAUUGCUUGUUUGGAUGUAAGGACUAAUGAUGAUGGAGAUUUGGUGGUGACUAAAGGUGACCAAUACAAUGUGCGUGAGACGAAGAGUGAUUCAGAGUCAAGUGCCGUUAGAAAUUUGGGUAAACCAGUUGAAUUAGCGACAAGAUAUUAUAACCAAGGAGCUGAUGAAGUGACAUUCUUAAACAUCACCUCAUUCAGGAACUCUCCAUUGAAAGAUUUACCAAUGUUGGAAGUUUUGAGACGUGCAGCUGAAACCAUAUUUGUACCAUUGACAGUUGGUGGUGGUAUCAAAGAUAUGCAAGACCCAGAAACAGGUAAAACUGUACCAGCUGUCCAAGUUGCUGAUUUGUAUUUCCGUUCUGGUGCUGAUAAAGUUAGUAUUGGAUCAGAUGCAGUCACCAUUGCUGAACAAUACUAUGCCAAUAACAAGAGAAAAACAGGCAAAACAUCCAUUGAAACUAUAUCCAAGACAUUUGGAAAUCAAGCAGUUGUCAUAUCAGUUGACCCCAAAAGACGAUAUGUUGCUUCACCAGAGGACACUACCAUGCAAACCAUUCACAUUACUGAUCCAGAAAGAUACGGGCCAAAUGGUGAAGAAUACUGUUAUUAUCAAGUAACAUCGCAAGGUGGAAGAAAAACUCAUGAAUUAGGUGCAUUAGAAUUAUGUGUUGCAUGUGAGGAUUUAGGGGCUGGCGAAAUUUUAUUAAAUUCCAUAGACCAUGACGGUUCCAACAAGGGAUUCAAUUUGGAAUUAUUAAAUCAAAUCAAAUCACAAGUUUCAAUACCUGUUAUUGCCAGUUCAGGUGCUGGAAACCCACAACAUUUUAAACAAGUUUUUGAAAUGGAAUGUGGAAUUGAUGCUGCUUUGGGAGCUGGAUUGUUCCAUCGUGGAGAGUAUACUGUUAAUGAAGUAAAACAUUAUUUACAAGAGCAAGGUAAGAUGGAUGUAAGGUUGGAUGAUGAUGUAGAGUUGUAA